GACGUCAGUGUCAUAAUAACGGGACGGGGCGUUUGAAAGUUUUUGUUAUCGAUCGUGUGACGCAUAUAAAAUAGAAAUUUCGGUAAAUUUAGGAGUUCUUCUCGGGAUUAAUCGGUUCGCGACGCGUUUUCGGGAGUGAUAAUGCAGCGAUCCGUCGGCGAGGAACAGGACGGUGGUGACAAUGCCGAGGAAAGUUCGUUCGACAACAAUCCUGUUCAACCGAACUCCGUCGCCAUCGGAAGCGCUGAACCACAAUCUGGCCCCAGCAGUGAGUGCAGCACAAAUGUAGUUAAUCAGCAGAAUCUAUCGCUGUCGGAACCACCGUCUCUAUCGGACGGUUUAUCAUCGGUUGGCGGCUCCAGUGACUCUACCAGCAUCAUCACUAAUGCUCGCAGUUCAAUUAAUUUCACCGGAACGCCAAAGCUUGGUAGCGGCGAUCGCAGCUCGAAAAACGGCUCGCAGCUGUUGUCCUCUUCAGCCCCCAGUAACGGGUCCGGUUCCGGUCCUGGACCAGGAAACUUCGGUACAGAUGGCAGUUUUGCUGACGAAGGAGAUACAGUGACAAUAGUGGAAAAUCCUGCUGAAGUUGAAACGAUAAAAUCUCCGAUGGCCACAACCAAUAAUUCGGUGCGAUUGGGUCUGUUGCCCUGGAACACACAUAAUCGAACGUCGGUCGUUCAUAGCAGUGCAUCCGUGACAGUCGAUUUGAUGGCGGCUUGCGACGGAACGCUGCGACCGGGAGAAAUCGUAAUGCGGACAUUGUUUGCUGAUUUCACACUGCAGGCGGAAAAAAAAAUUGAAAUAGUGAUGCUGGAAAGUUCCGAUAAAAAUCUUGCUAAAUUAUUGCAGCGUGGUGAAGAUAACCAGUUUGAUCAGUUGCUGCAAGCGCUGGGCUCUGUGGCUGAGCAUUGUUUACCAUCGUUGCUGAAGGCGUUGCUAGCUUGGUAUCGGCAUCAAAUCUGCGAUGGCGAUAUUAAACGUGACUACAAACGUUUAGAGACUGAAAGGCAACCGAUAGCUGCAAAGUUCAGCAAUGAUUUGGAAUGUCAGCUGCAGCGAAGAGAAGCGGCAGUUGAGUUUAUUUUCUGCCUGGCGCUGAUUGAAAUUCUUCGGCAGUUUCCAUUUCAUCCGGGUCAUGACGAUAUAGUAAAAAACAUCGAGAAUCUCGCAUUCCGACAGUUCAAGUACAAAGAAGGUGUACAAGGAUCGCCGAACGCACAGUACAAUCACAUGAUUGCGGAUCUCUAUGCGGAAGUGAUUGGUGUGCUCGCGCAAAGUCGCUUCGCCUCCGUUCGCAAGCGAUUUAUGACAGAUUUAAAGGAAUUACGUAGCAAGGAACCUACUCCACAUACCACACACAGUAUUAUAAGCUUAUUAAUGGGGAUGAAGUUUUUCCGUGUUAAAAUGGCUCCCAUCGAGGAGUUUGAGGCAUCUUUUCAGUUUAUGCAUGAGUGUGCUCAGUACUUUUUGGAAGUUAAAGAUAAGGACAUCAAACACGCGAUGGCUGGUCUGUUUGUGGAGAUACUUGUUCCUGUAGCCGCGGCCGUCAAAAAUGAGGUUAACGUUCCAUGUGUGAAAAACUUCGUUGAUCUACUGUACUCGCAGACGCUGGAUGCGUGCACCAAAUCCAAACACAAGCUGGCGUUGUUUCCGUUGGUGACGUGUUUGCUAUGUGUAUCGCAAAAAUCGUUCUUCCUCAGCAAUUGGCACUGCUUCCUUGCCAUGUGUCUUAGCAAUUUGAAGAAUAAGGAUCCCAAAAUGAGUCGUGUGGCUUUGGAGUCACUGUAUCGGUUACUGUGGGUGUACAUGAUAAGAAUUAAGUGCGAGUCGAAUUCAGCGACCCAUUCGAGACUGCAAAGUAUUGUGAAUUCGUUGUUCCCUCGUGGCUCAAAAGCGGUUGUCCCGCGAGACACUCCGCUGAAUAUAUUCGUCAAGAUUAUCCAGUUCAUCGCUCAGGAGCGGUUAGAUUUCGCUAUGAGGGAUAUUGUUUUUGAGCUGCUUUGUGUGGGGCGUCCCAUAAAAAUAAUUAUGACACCGGAACGGAUGAGUAUCGGAUUGCGAGCGUUUUUAGUUGUGGCAGAUUCUCUGCAGCAAAAAGAUGGUGAACCUCCGAUGCCAAGAACUGUUGGCGUUCUACCUUCCGGAAAUACGCUGAGAGUGAAAAAGACCUACUUAAACAAGAUGCUGACGGAAGAUACCGCACGAAGUAUUGGGAUGUCUAAUUAUUUUCCACACGUGCGGCGGGUUUUCGUUGACAUUUUGAGAGCACUUGAUAUUCAUUGCGGUAGACCACUGAUGAUGACGAUUAAUCAAAAUCUCAACAAAGAACCGGAUGAGAUGUUGACAGGUGAAAGGAAGCCCCGAAUCGAUUUGUUUCGUACGUGUGUAGCAGCUGUUCCUCGAAUAAUUCCGGAUAAUAUGACGGGCCACGAAUUGGUCGAUAUGCUGUCCAGACUUACAAUCCACAUGGAUGAAGAAUUACGAGCGUUGGCACAUCAGUCUUUACAAACGUUGGUUGUAGAUUUUCCCGAUUGGAGACAGGAUGUGAUUCAAGGAUUCACACAAUUUCUGGCAAGAGAUGUUGUUGAUACAUUCCCCCAUCUGUUAGAUAACGGAAUGCGUAUGCUUUUUGCCUUUUUAACUGUUUGGAAGAAUGCGUUAAGCAAUAGUGGUGCGAGUAAUAGCAAUAACAAUACGCUCAACACAAAAGUUGGACCGAAUACAGCUGCAGCGCAGCGCGUUGUGUUUUAUCAACAAGAUUCAGGAUUUUCAAAAUCCCAGCCUCAACCAAGCACUCCUUCGUUGAAUGCUGCAACAAUUAAUUCAAACUCGAGUGGCAGUUCUGGAAUUUCUUCAAUCACGCAAACCACUACCAUUCCUGCGGUUGGAAGUGCGGAUACGACUGGCCAUGGCUCAACGCUAAACUCUGCGGGGAAAAAAAGCCAUGACCAACCGCUUGCUACCACUAUGCAUCUCGUGGAGGGCUUUGCGCUUGUAAUGUUGUGUAACUGCCGACCGGCACCGCGGAAAUUUGCGGUUAACAUUUUGAAAGAGGUGAAAAUUUUGAUGAAAGCCCUCGGAAUCGUAGAAACUGAGCCACCACUGAUUGAUGUCAUCGAUAGGUGUUGUCCUCAGGUGUUGGAGAAAUGUUUGCAUAUGCUGCCGCAGGCUGAUCGCACUGCCAUGCUAAAUGCAAACCUCAUCGAUCUGCAGUGGAUAGUGGACCGAAACAGUGGCGUUUGGACGGUUGGCCAUAUCGAGGACUCGACAAAAGCCUCAACGCUCACCCUGUGCCAUUCGCAGUCUUCCGGCCAAGCUUACGACCCGUGGAGUGUAUGUUUGUUCGGUUUCAUGGAACGUCAGCAUGUUUUGCAGUAUUGCCCGUCGGCGGUAGCUCAGGCGUGGCCUAUUUGUUACCAGCGGGUGACGAGUUUGUUCAACGUGAUUGAUCCGACGCCAGUUAGCGAUAAUCGGGCAUCACUACUGCGGAGCUCAGCCCCGCCCAAGAAGCCACCAUCCGAAGCGCAACGGGAUUCCUUGGCGCAUUUAUGGAAAAAUCAGGUGGCGCUGGCAAUGAGACUUGUGCCGCAAAUGCCCAGUGUGGCCGUACGUUGUGCGUCCCCUGAUCUCAGUCUCAGUCUGCAUGACCAGUCGGAUUCCCGCUCAUUGUCAGAUUCGCUGGACAACAUUCCGUCAUCGGUGUUUGGACCAGAAGGAAUCGUAACUCGGUUCACCUUGCCUCUAUCCUAUGGCCGCAAAGAUGCCAGACAUAAACGACAAGGCUCAUCGCCUGAUUCGCUGUCAGCAGACCGGAGUGACAAAUCCAGUGGAGCCACCGCAUCGCCAGUUGCGCUCUACAAACUGGUAAUUCCAUUGCUGCGCUGUGAAGUUUCCGACAUCAGGGAUUCGGCCGUCAACGCCCUCGGGAUGAUUAACCACGAUGCCCUCAAAGACCUGAUGGAAGAGUUGGUGGUUUACAUUCGUGAAGCCAUUGAUCGCAAACAGGAAAAUAUGCGUAGGCGUAGACGUCGGGACGCCCUCCGGCUGCAGCUAGUGCGGGUGCUGGAGAAGAUUGUUGAAAACGGCACCUUCGGCAUCAGUCCCUUUGUACUGGAACGAGAUGCAAUGUCGCUUCAUCCGACGUUCGUUGAGUACAUCGAUGGUGCACGACUCUAUCUGGAAGCGGAAACAGACAAAGACAACAGUAGCAUGCGUGAGGUUAAAACUCAUUUCUGUGAUUUCAUACGAAAAAUGAUUAAAAACUUUUCGCUGGAGUCCUGCCCGACACUGCUGACGCGAGAGUUGAAGCGGAAUUUAGUUAAUUUGUUUGCUUCCUGGAGCGGCUCUUAUGCUGUUCCCUUCGGGGGCAAUAGCGGCGGAGUCAGUCACCAUGCCGUCAGUAGCAGCACCAUCAGCAGCAUUUCGGCUGACGAGGAAAAGCUUCAGUUCAGUGCGUUACAGGCUACAUCGGCUCUCCUGUGCUGUGGUCCUUGCUUUGAGCCCAACCAUUUAGCUGAGGAUGGUGUUAUAUACAACUGGCUCGAUAUGCUGAUGGCUUCGAAGGAUGAAAAGAUUUACGAUCUCGCCAAGGAAACGGUCGUACUGCUGCUUGAAUCAAACCCAGACAUUGGUCAGCUACUGGAGUGGGUUAUCGAUCGAUGCUACACGGCCUACCCACGCGAGGCAGAUGCCUGCUUUCUCGCUCUGGCCGUCAUCUUCAGCGCGCGCGAAUAUCCAUGUGAUCACUACACAUCGGUUAUCAACGUCACUCUCUUGAUGACCGGAUGUCCACGCGUCGAGGUUCACUCAACCGCGCUCCAGCUGCUGCAAAUUUUAGAUAAACGAUUUUUCGGAAACGUUGGCCCGCUGCAGUCCGAAAACGAUAGAGAGUUUGACAAGGUUGGAACCUUGGAUACUGUUCUAAGCGGAGCGUACUGCCGCUCCCAGAUGUACCUCUCGAGACAGAUGGCCAGAUUGCGACCCGAGUUGACAAUGUCGAUGUUUUCCGAAAUAACACAUCGCUUCCAGACCGCCCGUUCGGAAGUACGUGCCCUACUAUUGCAAUGUCUGCUGCCCUGGCUGGAAAAUGUGGAACUGGUUGCAACCAGCGUACCUCCGGCGACGCCCCUCUCGUACAUCAUGUACUAUCCAGACUCAAGCACGCGAGGUCGACGCGAGGGUUCCGGUUCAACGGAAGCCACCGAGAUGAUUUUGAACAAUUUGUUCUACAUAACGGCGAAGUUUGCCGAUUCCCAUCCGUACAUCGAGGAGCUCUGGGGGACGCUGUGCCAGUUUUGGCCCAACAACUUGAAGGUCAUUUUGCGAUAUCUGCUGAUAAUUUCCGGAAUGGCUCCUAACGAGCUGCUUGCUUAUGCCAAGCGGGUGGCACUCUAUCUGGCCCGGUCCUGCACGAACCGGCUUCUGGACGAGCUGAUGAGUGAGCUGCAAACUGUAGAAACGUUGAAUUGUCUAAUUGAGCGUACCGAAACUCCACCGUUCUACCGGUUAACGAGCAUGCGGAAGGCCUCCAGCCAUUCGGACGGACCAGCCUCCAGCAACAACGACCCGAAGGUGCAGGAUGUAGGGGUGGAAAAGGGUACUAUUCACACGAAACGGCACAGCGGCGAAGAUCACAUUAAGUCGGGGACAUGCAAAUCAGACAGCGCAUUGCGAACGUUCGCUACUGGAUAUCGUCCCCCACGCGGUAGCGACAAAAUCCGCACGGCGUCCGGACCUUGCGUGCUGCCCCGCCACGAAGACAUGCUGCUGAUGAACGAAAGUGAGAUGAAUCAGGAGGACAAUUUCGCUCAGAUGCGGAAUAACGAGCAACCGACGGCGCCGCAUCCGCUGCCUAUGCCAGAGUACGGUGGCUAUUUUGCCCCCUUGACUGAGUUUCUGCCGGAUGCAACAAGUCCAAUCAGUGGUUUCCACAGAUGCAAUGUGGCUGUUAUGCUACUGACCGACAUCGUAGUGGACGGCAUUCCAGGAUUGGACUGGACAUUGCACGUGCCACUCAUGCUACAUAUUUUGUUUCUUGGGUUGGAUCACACCCGGCCAAUCGUGCGAGACCAUUGUAAAAAGCUGCUGCUGAAUUUAUUGAUUGUCCUUGCGGAGCAUAACGAUCAUCUGAACGUUGCCAAAAUUCUUCUGAACAGCGACACGUCUAAACUACGGCUGGGAUUGAGUGUUCCUUCGCUGCCGGUGAUCGACCACAACUUUACCGAGCCAGAUCAGGAGUUCGACAGUUAUCUGUUUGGGUUGAAUAGUAACGUACCGCAGACAACGCUAUCGCCGGCAUCCAACCAGCCGAAUGAGGAAACGCCGGUCCCAACGAUUGUCACCGAGGAGAAUGCGCCUCCGCUACCGGGACCCAUGAUGCCAACGGCACACGUUAUUAAGAGCUUGAUUAGAUUCCUCUCCCAGGACAGCGCUCAGCCACUGUGGAACUACGAGGAUAUCACUGCGAAGGUGUGGACUAUUAAGUCGGCGGAACAGUUGCAGUGCUUCCUCCGGCAUAUCGUGAAGGUGUUCUCCGACAGCUAUUCUCAUGCGAGAAUUGCCGAACGGUGGGCACAGACGGCGUUGCAACUGGGGCUUAGUUGCUCCUCGCGUCACUAUGCCGGACGUAGUUUGCAGGUGUUCCGCUCGCUCAAUGUGCCGAUCAAUUCGCGCAUGCUGAGCGAUAUUCUAUCGCGGUUGAUCGAAACCGUAGCCGAGCAGGGAGAGGACAUGCAGGGAUACGUUACAGAGCUACUGCUAACACUGGAAGCGGCUGUCGACAGUCUGGACUCGGACUUUAGACCGCUGGAUGUGAUGAAGGACAUAUUUAAAAGCACACCGAAUCUUAACAAUAAAGAUGGAGCCAUUUCAAAUGUGUACGGUAAUAAGAGGUCCAGUGAUGGUCUGCCUGGAUCCCCACAAAAUAUGAAUAACAUGGUGACUGGAGGUCACACAAGAAGUACUAGCUAUUCAAUAUCGUAUUGUUCUCGUAAAGCCGCCAAUUCACCGAUAGACAAACAGGUUGAGUUGCGUAAUCGUUCCAACGCUCUAGAGCUGGAGCGAAGUGCUAAUAAAUUUGGAUCUUCACUGUCUAGAUCUCGAAGUGCACAGAGCUUGAAACUUUUGGGUGAUUCAGCCACUCAAGAUGACAAGAUGACAAUUUUGGCGCAACUAUUUUGGCUUGCAGUAUCUUUACUGGAAAGCGAUUACGAGCACGAGUUUCUGCUAGCUCUUCGUCUGCUAACGAGAGUGCUCCAUAGACUUCCUCUGGAUCGUCCGGAUGCUCGUGACAAGGUUGAAAAACUUCAACAGCAGCUCAAAUGGUCCGCAUAUCCUGGUAUGCACGCAUUGCUUCUGAAAGGAUGUACACACGCGACCACCUAUGAGCCGUCAAUUACGGUACUAUCACAGCUUGCACCGCUUCUUAAUCUUCCUGUUUGCGAUCCGACACAAAGUUGUGCGUUCCCAAUGAAUGUAAUCGCCCUUCUUCCGUACAUGUUGCUCCAUUAUGAAGAUGCGAACGAGAUUUGCAUCCGAAGUGCGGAGAAUAUAGCCCACGUUUCCUCAGAAAUGGGUCUCAAGUUGGAGAAUCUUGGAACGGUGAUGACGCUGUACAGUAGGAAAACUUUCAGCAAAGAAUCCUUCCAAUGGACAAAGUGUGUCGUAAAAUACUUGUACGAUACCUACGCCCACAUGGGACUGCAUAUGUUGGCAUUUUUGACGGACAUCAUGGAGAAAGGUCCAAACCAGAUUCAGCUGCAAGUGCUGAGUGUGAUUCACUGUAUGUUGCACUACAUUGAUUUAUCGUCUGUGCAAGCACAGCCGAUUGCCGGGGAUCUGCUUCGUGUUAUCUCUAAGCAUUUGGAUAGCCCUAAUUGGAAGGAAGCAUUGAAAAUACUCAAGCUGGUGGUGACUCGCAGCUCCAGUUUGCAAGUGGUUCCGCAGUCGUCGGAAAGCAGUUCCUCCUACGCCAACAUUCACGGCAGCUACUCGGACUCGGAAGUGUUUUGCAAAAAAGAGCUGGCUGGACGGACGAUGGAGUUCUCGUUUGAUGUAUCACAAACCCCGCUAAUUGGGCGAAAAAUUUUGCUCAAAUCAGACGGGGACAGCAAUAUCGUUUCCUCUGGUCAGUUUUCCAAGAAUGGACUUUCCAGUGCCGGGGGUGGAGCUCACUACGGUGGUCAUGCAGGAACACCUAAUUCUCCUCGGCGUAGUGCAAGCCUUUCCCCCGCGGACACAGCACCACUGAGUGGCUGGAAGCGUCCCUGGAUGUCACAGGGACGAGUUCGGGAAUGUCUAGUGAACCUUCUCACCACCUGUGGACAGCGAGUAGGAUUGCCAAAGAGCCCAUCGGACGAAGUUCUAAGCUCACUUUAUUCGAAGGUCAUCUUCAGUCAAUCGUCCGAUCUGCUUGAGCGCCAAUCAUCGGCAGCUUCUAGUACGGAUGAAACAUCAGGCGCUCAGCAGGACCUCAGCGGUGGUUCGAAGCGGGACGACGGUCCACCAGACUUCGGUGUGUUCAAGGACUUCGACUUCUUGGAGUACGAGAGCGAAAGUAUUGAAGGCGAAUCAACAGACAACUUCAAUUGGGGCGUUCGGCGAAGACCCCUUUCGGAGGGUGAUAGCGAACCGCUAUCGGUGACGAAGACCCAUUCGAAUAUGGAUGAAAGUUUAAGCGAAAAGACCCCUGUACUAAAUCGACGCAGAAGACCAAACGCGGACGAUUCCAGCGAUGAGGAGGUUGAAUCUGAAUCUCCAUUGGACGAAGAACAAAGGCCAAUUUUCUCGAAGACUUCUUACCUUAGUGGUCCGCCCACUAGUUUGAGCUUGCGAGAGCGAAGACAUCGGAGAGAUUCAGUGUCUCGAAGCGAUACCAGUGGCUCCAGUGCUGGAGAUCUAGGCGAUAUUACUCCUUGCAAUGCGUCACCGCACUUACCCGGUUUACUUUCGUUCCGGGCUCCAAUUCGAGAUGAAAGUGAGGAGGUUUGGCGAAGAAAUUUGGUUGGUUUACUAGUGAAUCAACCGUCUGGCCAUGCUCCAGAUUUGUUAAAUCAGUUAUUCAAGUUGAUUAAGGAAUUAUCUCAUCGAUCGAUCUCAAUUUCGAAAGAGUGUAUGCGGUAUUUUACAGGAAAUGGGGUUCAGUUGGGUCAUCGUAUAUCGGUACUGUCCGAUUUACUUUCCUCCAGAGGAGAACCACCAAAAAUUUGGUACCAUCAAAGUUUGGUGACAACUCCUAGGUUGUUUGAGAAUUUAAGAUACGGAGUUCUUGAAGUUCAGGAACAUCUAGAAACAUUUUUCGACAGAAAAGAUACCGUUCUUGAUAGUUUGGAUGCGGUUAAAACAUCUUGUAAGUUGGCUUUGUUCACAUCAGACAUUGAUUCGGCCAACGAAGGAACCGGUUCGAAUCUCAUGACGUCGAUGUCUGUUGAUCCGGCCACAACGGAACUACUUAUCGAUCUCGGGCGUGGUCUGUACAAGCUGAUGUUCCAGCUGUUGCUGUUGAUCGAAUCCGAUCACAAGAUAGCGGUCAGUGUUGUGCAGAAUUUGCGUCAGAAUGAAAAAAUGCAGGAUCUAUCCAAUCUUUACGUGUCGGUUCGGGGCGCGCUGCUGCGGUGCAUCGACGAUGCCGAAAUGGAGUCGCUAGAUACUUCAACUUCAACGGAGGGUGAAAACACGCCCACACCAUCGCCCGGUCUGCCGAUGAAUAAUUGCGAGUUCGAAAAUAGUCUCAUCGAGCUCAUCGAUAAUCAGAGAUGGUCGGCGGCCAUAAAUCACGUAAAGCAGCACAAACAAAUGUCGAACUUAUCGUCCUCGAAUUACAACCUCUCGGGAACGGGCGGCGGCAGCGGAACCAAUGGCGGCGGUUGCGCUGGAAGCAGCGCCUGUGGAUUGCAGCUUGACUCGAGUUUCGGCGGUGGCUACAGCGUCAGUUCGGAAUUCAAAUCCACCGAUGAUUUAUCGAUUAUACUGAAUAUCUACUCGCAGAGGCUUACGAAGGAACGAAACGAUGUGUUCAUCGCGUCUCGGUCGGAAAUUGAGCUGAGCGAAAUCUACCAAAUUCUGAUGGAGAACCUGCUGCACGUAUCGUCCGCCCUGUCCAACAUGGAGAUCGGAAUGAAGGCAGUCAACAAUACUAGCUCAUCGUCCUCGACGGUAACCACAAUGACGACUGUUCCGGUUGCCACCGGGUCAACAGUGGGUGGUAUGCCGGCACCUGGCAUUGGAGUUUCUCCUCCCUCACCGCACGGCAGCAACGUAGGAACGGGCUCGGCUCCGACAGUGCCUCCGCUUGGUCCGGUUCUGGCAUCAACUAACCCGUUCAAGGAUACGGUUGAUAUUAUCACAACGCUGUAGGCUGCAUCGCAAACUGGAAACUCGGUCGACCAGCAAUGGUUUUAAUUAAUUGUUUUUAAUUUGCUAUUGCCAACUGUAACAGAACGCAUUGAUUUAUAUUACCGUGGCUAUUCAGUAAUUGACACCGCUGAAAUUUGAACCAAGUGACAGAUGAAUUAUCCGCAGUUCGAUGGAGCAAGACAAAUUAGUGUUGGAGUUUAACAUGAUAGGUUGAGUUAUGCUUGAACGUAAGUAUAUCAGUUAGUUAAUAUAUGAUUUCCACCGAUUGAAGACUUGACGACUGUUGCUGUGUGCAGACUUAACAUUGGUAAAAUAUGGAUAGCAUGCUUUCUUGAUUUUGCACUCGAAUAAGGCACAAUUUAAAUAUUUACCUUUGGGUAAACAUAUACGUAUGAGGUCGUAAUUUUUUAAAGAGACUACUUAAAGGAAUCAUAAAGUUUUAUAAAUAAAUACUACAUUAUAACCAGUUUA